AAGCGUUCAUACGAUGGCUGAGCACCAUCAUGAUGUUCAACACCACUGUCAUCAUGGCCAUCCCCAUGGCCCUCACCAUGUCCACGAGGAUCAGCAUAAUCUCACAGAAUCCAAUACGAAAUAUUUCGAUGAGCAUGCUCAUCAGUACAAUGAUCCUGAAACGCAUGAGCUUGCUCGGCGAUUUGGAGCAGCUAUGAUCAACGCUUAUCCAUUCAAUGAGGACUCAACGUUGGUUCUGGACUAUGCUUGCGGCACAGGUUUAAUCUCCCAAGAACUCGCUGCGCAUGCCAAAUGCAUCGUAGGCGUGGACAUCAGCCAGAGCAUGGUCGAUCGAUACAAUCAGAGCGUCGCAAAUCAGGGUAUACCACACGAGGAGAUGAGGGCUGUGUGCUGUGACCUUACCGCUACCUCAAACCAGCUGGAUGGAAUGAAGUUUGAUGUGGUUGUGUGUGCAUCAUCGUAUCACCAUUUUCCUUCUAUCGAAGAGGUGACGAAGGCUCUUGCAUCUUACCUGAAACCAGGGGGUUCGCUCUUGGUCGCAGAUUUGAUGAAACCAUCUUCUGUAGAAUCCACACAGGAGUUGUUUCCCACCGGAGCACACAGUAUUGUCGCGCACAGGGGUGGCUUUGAAGAGGCAGACAUCAAAGCCGUAUUUGAGGGUGCUGGACUGAUUAACUUUGCAUUUGUGACGGCCGGCAAGGCAAAGAAACAAGGACACCCUAUCCAGUUCUUCUUAGCCUCUGGGACCAAGGAAGUCGCUGAAGCCUGAAUUACUUGGAAUAACUGUAUUAUGUAAAUAAAACCAUCAUUUAAGAGAUAA